GAUAUAGAUAUAGAUAUAGAAAUAGUAGAUAUUUAUAAAUAGAACAGUAGUCAUAGCAAUCUGAUCUGACUGACCUGAGAGAGAGAGAGGAGUGUAUUAAUUGGGGCUGCAGCAAGUCAAUAACAGGUGUAGUGAAUCAGUCACCAUUUGUAUCGUCACCAGCAACACGUGGCAUCAACGACGUCGUUUUAGCCAUGAUAAGAACGAUGUUCGCUCGCACAUUAUUCAAUCGUACCACCACUAGUCUUCAUCUUCAUCACUCGUUACGUUGCUCCUAUAGUCGCAAGAUGAGUACGGAAACAGAGAGUGUAGUGGCUGGGAUAAAGAAAGCAGGAUUGUUUCAAACGAAAGGUUUUAUUGGUGGCAAAUGGAUUGAUGCUUAUGAUGGCAAGACUAUUGAGGUUAACAAUCCUGCCAGGGGUGAUGUUAUAACUUCUGUUGCAUGCAUGGGAGAGAGGGAAACACAAGAUGCUAUUUCUUCAGCUUAUGAUGCUUUUGGCCAUUGGAGUAAGUUAACUGCUGCUGAUAGAAGUAAUCGCCUACGUAAUUGGUAUAACUCGCUGAUUGAACAUAAAGAAGAGCUUGGACAACUCAUAACUUUGGAGCAAGGAAAGCCUCUAAAAGAAGCCAUUGGGGAGGUUGUAUAUGCGGCUAGUUUCAUUGAGUUCUUUGCAGAAGAGGCAAAACGUGUUUAUGGUGAUAUCAUUCCGUCAACUCUUCCUGAUCGCCGUCUUUUUGUACUAAAGCAGCCUGUUGGUGUGGUUGGUGCAAUCACUCCAUGGAAUUUCCCCUUAGCAAUGAUUGCUCGGAAGGUUGGUCCUGCUCUUGCCUGUGGCUGUACUAUUGUUAUUAAGCCCUCCGAGCUCACACCAUUGACUGCCCUAGCAGCAGCUGAGCUUGCACAUCAAUCUGGAAUCCCACCGGGUGUCUUGAAUGUGGUCAUGGGAGAUGCUGCUAAAAUCGGAACAUCUCUAGUUGAGAGCCCACAGGUAAGGAAGAUAACCUUUACUGGCUCAACAGCAGUUGGAAAGAAAUUGAUGGCGGGUUCUGCUGAGACCGUCAAAAAGGUAUCUCUUGAACUUGGUGGUAAUGCACCUUGCAUAAUCUUCGAUGAUGCAGACUUGGAAGUGGCACUUAAAGGGACCUUGGCAACCAAAUUUCGUAACACUGGACAAACAUGUGUAUGUGCAAAUAGAGUCCUUGUGCAAGAAGGCAUAUAUGAGAAGUUUACAAGUGCCUUUUCAAAUGCUGUUCAGAACCUUAAAGUUGGCGAUGGUUUUAGUGAAGGGGUUGUUCAGGGUCCACUUAUCAAUGAGGCUGCUGUACUGAAGGUUGAGUCAUUUGUGCAAGAUGCUGUCUCGAAGGGAGCAAAAGUUCUUCUCGGUGGUAAGAGACAUAGCUUAGGCUUUACUUUUUAUGAGCCUACAGUUAUUGGUGAUGUCAAGAACGAGAUGCUUAUAGCAAGGCAGGAAGUUUUUGGACCCGUUGCACCAGUUAUACGUUUUAAAACGGAAGAAGAAGCUAUACAAAUUGCUAACGACACCAAUGCAGGAUUAGCUGCUUACAUAUUCACAAACAGUAUUAAGCGUUCGUGGCGUGUGUCUGAGGCUCUUGAAUAUGGUAUUGUUGGAGUUAAUGAGGGAUUGGUUUCUACAGAGGUGGCUCCAUUUGGAGGUUUUAAGCAGUCUGGCUUAGGAAGGGAAGGUUCCAAAUACGGGUUGGAUGAUUAUCUUGAGAUCAAGUAUGUUUGUAUGGGAAACAUGGCAUGAUAAAUGAGCUUUGAUGAUGUUCUGCAAUGUUAUAAAGUUAUGAAGGCGAAACUGAAAAACGGAAAGCAUCAUUAGUGAGAGUUGAAAUGGAUACUCGAUAAAAAUUGCAACAUGGUUUGACUUGGACAUUGGAGUCCAGACUCUUUAGAGCGCGUAGAUUUAUUUUUUUAUCUUUUCGUUUUGUUUCUUUUUCUAGAUACCAGUGUAAUGUCUCUAUCAUGUUAGCUGAAUAAAUAGAGCCAAUUUUCUUACCCUUGGCAAUUAGAAUGAAUUUUGUUGUACCCAAAAUAUUAUAAGAUCAAUAAAUGGAAGAGGGUCCUUAGGUUCAUGCAAAA